AUGUUGGUGCAAGAGGUUUGGGCGGCCUUGUCGUUGAUGAGGCUGUUGGUGGGUGUGUUAGGGAUUUCGGGAAUUCUGUCUGUUGUGUACGCGGUCUAUAACCGCUUCUUCCACCCUCUCCGCCACGUCCCUGGUCCCUGGCUGGCGACCGUCACACCAUUCGUCCAGCUGUACCAUGGCCUCCAAGGGGACCGACACCUGUGGCUGCACGCCCUGCACAAGAAGUACGGAUCGCACGUCCGCGUCGCGCCCAACUUCGUGUCCGUGAACACCGCGCAGGGUCUCCAUGACAUCUACGGCCACGGGAAGAAGCUCAAGAAGGCGAACUUCUACAACGCCUUCACUGCCAUCAAGGGCGUGUACAACACGCACAAUGUGAUUGAUAAGACGGUGCAUGGGCGCAAGAGACGCGUGCUCAGCCAGGCGUUUUCGGACCACGCGCUGAAGGCUAUGGAGGAUGUUGUGCUGCUGCAUGUUAGACAGCUGUGCGAUAAGUUGGCGGAUUUCCCAGGUAGCACUAAUUACAGCGGGAAGGGAGAACGUGUGCGCAAUUUGGCGAGUUGGUUUAGCUGGCUUACUUAUGAUGUGAUGGGCGAGCUCUGCUUUGGGAAGAGCUUUGAUAUGCUGCAAGGGGAUACUAUUUCUCAGCAGAAGAAGGACCGGCGACAGAUGGUUGGGUUGGUGGAUCGGGCUGCUAAUCGGCAUUAUGUGUGUGGCCUGUGGACACCUCUCGAUACAUGGCAUCUGGAUCAGGUUGUAAUCCAUAAACUGACCAACGACCGCUGGAACUUCAUCAUGAAUUCUCGAGUGGAGGCCAACGAACGAGCCAAGGAGCGCACGAAGGCCGGCCACAGCGCCAAGAAGGACUUCUUCUACUACCUCCUUAACGCCAAAGACCCUGAAACUGGACGCGGUCUCUCAACGGCCGAGCUCUGGGGCGAAGCCAACGUCCUGAUGAUCGCCGGCAGUGACACCACCUCGACAACGAUGACAGCCACGAUGUUCUAUCUUCUCCGCAACAUCCCGGCCAUGGGACGGCUGAAAGACGAAAUCCGACAGAGCUUCAACGACGUCGAGGAAAUUAUCAGUGGCCCCAAGCUCAACGAAUUGGUUUAUCUAAAGGCCUGCAUUGACGAAGCCCUACGAUUGGCGCCUGCUGUGCCGGGUGCGAUCCCGCGGGAAGUGAUUGACGGGGCCAUGGUCGACGGCGUCUAUCUACCUCCCGGCACAGACUGCGGCACCCCGACCUACUCUAUCCACCGACAAGACGAAUAUUACCGGGAAGCAGAGUCGUAUAUCCCCGAGCGUUGGAUUGACGGCGCCACAUGCCAGACCCGAUCUCAAGAAUGGACGACAACCAAGGAGGACGUUGAGGUUGCUCGCAAAGCGUUCUGCCCAUUCAGCAUUGGUCCUCGGGGGUGCAUUGGGAAGAGCAUGGCCAUGAUGGAGCUGCGACUGACCAUCGCACGCCUCAUUUUCCUGUUCAAUUUCGACUUAUAUGACCGGGAGGGAGAGGAUGAGAACGGACAUUUGGCUCUCGUUGACCAUUUCACCAGCGCCAAGAAUGGGCCUAAUGUGAUUGCCAACCAUAGAAUAUGA